GAAGUGGAGCCGAGGGCCGAGAGGGGCAGACAGCGGAGAGGGGUUUUCCUACUUAAAGUUGUCUUUUUGGGGUUCUGCGCUUCAUUUUCGGGAUCUCUCAGGUCGAGUACACGGUUUGGACCUCCCGUACAGUACAGGAAGCUGUUCUGAGAGCUGGAGAGGUGGUGACUAGAAGAAGAAGCUCCAUCAUAUCUCCUGUAUGAUGGCCAACGCAGUUGGUGCUACACCUCUCUGUGCUGAUUUAAAGGCAUUUCUGACUACCCAGAACCUACCAAAAGGUAACAUUUCCCUUGUGACGCCGUCCAACUACAGCCCUGCCACCAAGAUUACUUUAGGAGCAGUGAAUGCGAAUGUGGGAGCACAGACGAUUAUAAGCACGCCUCAAAGAGUGGCUCACUCAGGAAGUAUCCUCAUCAGCAGCCCCUUCACACCACACACUACACCUGCUACCAUGGUAACACAAGUACGCCCACCAGAAGGCAUCGAAUGGACCCCAGGGAACAAGAAACGGACACACGACUUUAUAGACUCCUAUUACUCUGAUAGGGAUGGGCUAUGUUCUAGUGACUCCUCAUCAAGUAAAAGGAUGAAGAAGGCUGAUAAAAAUGGGAAGGGCCUCAGGCACUUCUCAAUGAAGGUCUGUGAGAAGGUGCAGAAGAAAGGCACCACAUCCUAUAACGAAGUGGCUGAUGAAUUGGUGGCUGAGUUUGCCCACGCCAACCUGACACACACAAAUUCACAGGUGUAUGACCAGAAGAACAUCCGCAGACGUGUAUAUGACGCACUGAAUGUGUUGAUGGCCAUGAACAUAAUCUCUAAAGAGAAGAAAGAGAUUCGCUGGAUCGGUCUACCCACUAACUCAGCACAGGAAUUUCGCAACCUGGAGUUGGAGAAGCAGAAACGGUUGGAAAGAAUCAGACAGAAAAGAAGUCAGCUGGAGGAGCUUAUACUACAGCAGAUAGCCUUUAAGAACCUAGUGCAGAGGAACCAGGCCAACGAAGCGUCAUCGAAAACACCGCCACCACCUGGAUCUGUCAUUCAGCUGCCCUUCAUUAUUAUUAAUACAGACGUACGCACAGUCAUCGACUGCUCCAUCUCCAGUGACAAAUGUGAAUACCUCUUUAACUUUGACAAUAUGUUCGAGAUCCAUGAUGACAUUGAGAUUCUGAAGCGCAUGGGCAUGUCUCUUGGGUUGGAGAAUGGCAAAUGUACCCCAGAAAACCUCGCUGUUGCCAAGUCUCUUGUGCCCAAAUCCCUGGAGAGCUAUGUUACAGGCAUGGCCAGAAAUACCAACAGAACGCCUCCCAGCCAUACAAGCCACAGUAGCACAACAUCCUCACACACCUCAGAAUCUCGGGGCCAGACGCCUAGUUCCUUUAACGAGGAAGAUGACGACGACGAUGAUGAUGACGAAGACGACGACGAUGACCCCUCCUCCCCUGAAUGAUCCCCAACCCUUUGGGUUUGACACCUUUGCUCUUCUUUGGAACUGGGCCUCCAAUCCACCUUUCAACAUUCUGCCAAGUGCACGGGUGGAACAUUACACAGGGAAUAGGCUUCCACUUGCUCACAAUGCGAUUGUUUCUAAAUCUUCUUUCUAUUGGACUUUUGCUUGCUCUCGUUCACACUGAUGACAACAGCAUCUAUGAGAACUGGUCAGUUGUGUUUCAAUGGUGCUUUUCUACUCAAACAAGCCAGCAAGCUGCAGGUCAUAGAAGAGGGAGAUGCUAGCAGAAAUUUCGCUUUGGCAGCCUUCAGUAGUUUGACAUACUGCCUCCAAACAUCUUUUCAUUAAGUAUAAAGUAUCAAUGUAUUUAUUGCUGUCAUAUUCUAAUAUGAAAUCAUUAUCUUUGUAGUCCAUUGUGUGUUGAUGAGCUGAAGCCCAAAUGUUCUUUUGUUUCUCCCCACCAGCCCCCCACAUGAGGUGUUAAGAAUUCAAUGCAUUGUCUAUACCUGUUUCUGUGUUUACUCACUGGAAGGAAUUUGUUUCAUUUUUUUCAAAAAGAAAAAGAUCUUUCAUAUAUGGGUUAUGUUUUUUUCUUAAUUUUGUUGUGCAUUACCUAGUUUAUUAUAUUCUUGCCAUUUCCUGCAAUAGAAUGAGUUGGAAAAAAUGAAAUAACUGAUGACUGUAUUUUUCUGGGUACAUAUGGUAUGAAAAGACGCAUGCUGGGGAGUGAAGUGAUUUUGUAAAGUGUGGUGUGUAGAGUAGCAUCUUCUGCCAAUGUCUAAUUUUGCUAGAAAUUUGUAGUGGAUCUGAAAAGGCCUAUCCCAGGGACACUGCCCUCUGUGACCUGCUCAGGUCAGUGUUUUAAACAUGGAGUCUUAUUUGAAAAUCCAACAGGAUAAUGAAUAUUUCUUGUUCUCUGAUGGUUUCUACUUUUGGUUUGGAAUGUAAUUCUCUAUGUGUAUAUACAUAUAUACAUAUAAACUUAUAAUUUUGGUUA